CCGGAGGGUUGCGUGGUCAGUGACUCAGAGUGAGAAGGCCCUCGAAGUCGUCGUCCCUCUCAUGCGGUGCCACGCCCAUGGACCUUCUUGUCUUGUCACGGCCAUAACUGGGGAGGAAGGAGGGCCGAGGAGUGGAGGGGCUCAGGGGAAGCUGGGGUGCUGUUGGGGGUAUCCGAGUCCCAGAAGCACCUGGAACCCCGACAGAAGAUUCUGGACUCCCCAGACGGGACCAGGAGAGGGACGGCAUGAGCGACACACACAAACACAGAACCACACAGCCAGUCCCAGGAGCCCAGUAAUGGAGAGCCCCAAAAAGAAGAACCAGCAGCUGAAAGUCAGGAUCCUACACCUGGGCAGCAGACCGAAGAAGAUCAGGAUACAGCUGAGAUCCCAGUGCGUGACAUGGAAGGUGAUCUGCAAGAGCUGCAUCAGUCAAACACCGGGGAUAAAUCUGGAUUUGGGUUCCGGCGUCAAGGUGAAGAUAAUACCUAAAGAGGAACACUGUAAAAUGCCAGAAGCAGGUGAAGAGCAACCACAAGUUUAAAUGAAGACAAGCUGAAACAACGCAAGCUGGUUUUAUAUUAGAUAUUUGACUUAAACUAUCUCAAUAAAGUUUUGCAGCUUUCACC